AUGGGCUGGCUUUGGGCAUCGCCAUCGCCCACGGCUCCCACGCAGCCGCAAUCCCUCCCCAAACCCGACCCGGCCCAGAACGCAGCGCCCAACGAGCCCGUCGACCCAGAGAUCCAAAAGUUCUUCGACCUCUUCAAGACCGACGCCGACAAUACCUCUAGCAAUGAGCCCCCUCCAACCCCUGCGUCACGACAAGACUCCGACUCCGACUCCACCUCAUCAUCAUCACCAUCAACCAUAGCGUCAUGGCUGUCUCUCAAGGCCGCCCCCAAAUCAGCCACUCCUCCCGCCCCGGCACCUCCCCGCGAUGCCCUCGCCGAAUCCCUCCUCCCCACCGAAAUGUCAUGCCGCCAGGCCUUUGAUCUCGCUUGGGCCUGCAACUCAAUGGGCGGGCAGUUCAACUCCGUCUACCGCUACGGCUCCAUGCGCUCCUGCUCCGAGCACUGGGACGACUUUUGGUUUUGCAUGCGCACAAAGUCCUACACUGGCGAGCUCAAGGAGAGUAUGAUUCGUCAACACUAUCGGAAUAAGGAGUAUGCAAAGUAUGGCCCCCAAAAGCCCAGUAGCGAGGACAUUUGGGAGAGCCGCACGCAAAAGGUCUCGCCAGGCACGGCUUUCUCUGAGCGCAUCGACGAGCCCGAGGUUGGUGACGACGAGUGGCGCCGGAGGGAGGCUCGGAGGAGGAGGGAGAUACGGCAAGGCUUGGGGUACGGCGAGGUAGCAUCAUGA